GAUGUCAGCUGUAAUGAAAUCACAGUUUUGCCACAGCAGAUAGGCCAGCUGAAAUCUUUAAAAGAACUGAAUGUCAGAAGAAAUUACCUCGAAGUUUUACCCCAAGAACUAGUACAGCUUCCCUUGGUAAAGUUCGACUUUUCCUGCAAUAAAGUACUUGUGAUUCCAAUUUGUUUUAGAAAGAUGGUGCAGUUACAAGUAUUGCUGCUUGAGAACAAUCCUUUGCAGUCUCCACCAGCACAAAUUUGUACAAAGGGUAAGGUGCAUAUAUUCAAAUAUCUGACUGUACAGGCCUGUCAGAUUAAAACAGCAGACUCACUGUACCUUAAUGCCAUAGAACAACAGCAUUUGCCACAACCCGUGGAAGAAAGCAUGGAUGACAUCUACCCAAGUAAAAAGGACUCAGAUUCAGGUGUUGGUAGUGAUAAUGGCGAUAAACGUUUGUCAGCAACAGAGCCAUCUGAUGAAGAUACUAUCAGCUUCAAUGUUCCAAUGUCGGACAUCAUGGAAGAAGAUCAGGUUGUAAAGGAAGAUUCAGGUCACCACGCUAACUCAAGAAAAGUGGGAUUCCAUCAGGGAUCUUCUCACUUGAUUGUCAAUGAUAAGUCAAGAGAAACAGGAAACCAGUUUGAUGAAUCGGAUACUCUUACUACUGAAUUUAUGAGUUACAUUAAGAGCAGAGCAGCAGAGUGUGAUGAAUUAUUGAGAAUAGAAGAGGACACACAAUGGCAAACAGACGAAAUCAGUCAAAUGCAGAUGGAGAUGUCUUCCCUUGGUCAGAGAGAAAAUGCUGAAGAGGAACUAGAAUUUCAGAGGAGGAGGGAGUUGAUUAUGGAGAAAGCAAAGCCUGAAGUGAGAACUCGUGAACAGGGUGAAAAAUGGUCAUUGAGUCAGAAUGAUCUAAUUGUUUGGAAUACAAGUGGGCAAACCUCUCACAAUGAGAGCAAGGAUAAAAGUCCGACAAUGUCUCCUACUACAAACACCGCAAUCCCUUUUGGCCUGAAGCCACGAUCAG